CUACAUGCAGUCAUUCCUAGAAGUCUUCGGAUUCUUUCCUUCCUGUUUCAUCGUACUCCAAAAGUGAACUACUUCCUGCUUUUGCCUGUGAUUCAAUGUGGUUCUAACCUUCAU